CUUUCAUAAAAGAUUCUUUUAUCAAAGAGAGAGAAGAAAAAAUAAAUGGCUUAGCCUUCAAGUAGUAGUUGCAUACUUGUAUUUCACUAUUUUGUAUAAGCCUGAACUUCAAGCCCUCUCUCUUUCCUUCUCUCUGUAUCAGUGUCUGAAAGCAAUAUAAAACCAUAUUGACCACAACUCCUAAAGAGUUAAACUUGGGAAGUACAGCCCCACCUAUCCAGGGUCUAUUUUUUUUAAACUCGUGCCUGAAAUUUUUUUUCUUGGUUGUCAGAAUCACAAAACCAAGACCCAAGAAUCUCUCUCUCUCUCUCUCCCUAAGUCUCUCCCACCUUAAGAGUAAGUUGAGACAAAGAGAGACUUGUUUAUAUGUUGGAAAUGGUGAGGCACUUGUAGUUAGCUUAGUGAGAUAUCAAAUACAAAUACACACACCUGGUUUGUCCUGCUGGCCUCUUCUAUCUUGAUUUGAAUGGUUCCUUCUGUUUUGUAAGGACAUGAAAGGAGCUUAUUCAGCUGUUCUUGUUGGUUCUGCUCUGUCGACAAAAGAGAGGAAUAUUGAAGCAGAAUCAUCCUCAUCAUCUUCUUGUGCAAUUCAGCACACAACAGGACAAGAGCAAUGCAUACAAGCACGUACUGCUGAAACAUUACAAACAACUCCACUCAAACAUUCCUCUAACCUGGUUGCUCAUACUUUCCACAGCACCCCUUUCUCAUUCACAUCCAUGCUUCUUGUUCUCUUACUUCUUGUUGCUUUUGCUCCUGGACUUUCCUCCCUCCCCAUUGCCUCGGAUUCCGGGCACCGCCCACCGGCCAAUCAGACAUUCCGGCCUGAUGGGGAAGAGGUGCAGAACUUGAAGAGGGUCAGCUCUUAUUUAAGCAAGAUCAACAAGCCUGCUGUCAAGACUAUUAAGAGUCCUGAUGGUGAUGUGAUAGACUGUGUUUUAGCCAAUCUCCAACCAGCUUUUGACCAUCCUGAGCUUAAAGGCCAAAAACCAUUGGAUCUACCAGAAAGGCCUAAAUCCCAUAACAGCACGGAUAUAGUGGAAGAGACUUAUCAGCUAUGGUCGGAAUCCGGUGAGGCAUGCCCGGAGGGAACUGUUCCGAUUCGGAGGACCACAGACACAGACAUUUUGAGAGCAAGUUCAGUUCAAAGAUUUGGAAGGAAAUUACCAAGAAGACAUGUGAAAAGGGACUCAUCAGGCAGUGGUCAUGAGCAUGCAGUUGUUUUUGUAAAUGGAGACCAGUACUAUGGAGCAAAGGCCAGUAUAAAUGUGUGGUCGCCAAGAGUGACUGAUCAAUAUGAAUUUAGCUUAUCACAGAUUUGGGUCAUCUCUGGUACAUUUGGCCAUGACCUAAAUACCAUUGAAGCUGGUUGGCAGGUUAGCCCAGAGUUAUAUGGAGACAACUACCCAAGAUUCUUUACAUAUUGGACAACAGAUGCAUAUCAAGCUACUGGGUGCUACAACUUGCUGUGCUCUGGCUUUGUCCAAACCAAUAAUAAGAUUGCUAUUGGAGCUGCUAUUUCUCCAAGGUCUUCCUUCAAUGGCAGACAAUUUGAUAUUGGCUUAAUGGUUUGGAAGGAUCCAAAGCAUGGGCACUGGUGGCUAGAAUUUGGUAAUGGCCUACUAGUUGGGUAUUGGCCAGCCUUCUUGUUUAGUCACUUGAGAAGUCAUGCCAGCAUGGUACAAUUUGGAGGUGAAAUUGUAAAUAGUAGAUCAAGGGGGUACCACACAUCUACACAAAUGGGCAGUGGCCAAUUUGCAGGAGCAGGUUUUGGAAAAGCAUCUUAUUUCAGAAAUUUACAAGUAGUGGAUUGGGAUAAUAAUCUUCUUCCUCUUAAUAACCUUCACCUCACUGCUGAUCACCCCAAUUGUUAUGAUAUAAGACAAGGAAGAAAUAAUGCAUGGGGGACAUACUUUUACUAUGGAGGUCCUGGAAGAAAUGUAAGGUGUCCUUGAAUAUAAACACCACCAAAGUACAGAAAGCAACCUAGCUAUCUUGAUUUUACUUAUUUUAUUUUUUGAUUUUCAGGUAUUUGAUUAUUAAUUUUUUACUUUCUUUCUAGGCCAUAAGAGGGUUUUGUUACUUUAAUUUCACAGUUUUGCUAUCAAAAAGUAUGUUUCAUCUGUUCAAAACCAUGUAAAUUUGGGGACUAAAGGAGUGUUAAUAGUAUUGUAUUGUCUGUUUUUUUC